CGCAGUCGAGACGCACACGCUGUGCGUCAUGGCGGGCCGGGGCCGAUGAUGAAUUCCGGUGUUGCCUGUCAGGGUUGCUGUGUCACUCGGCCCGCUCGGCGCGCCCCUCCCCGGCCGCCCUUCCGCGCCGGCACUCGGGCUCUUCCGGUCUGCGACGGCCCCUCACCUGCAGGCCCCCGUCCAGCCGCGGGCCGGCGCACGCCCCGCCCGGUCCCCCGCGCUCUCCCCCUCGCCGGGUGCCCGCUGCCGGGCGCCCCGACUCACCAGGGCUAUGGCGAGCGGCGCCUCCCGCUACCGACUGAGCUGCUCGCUCUCGGGCCACGAGCUGGACGUGCGGGGCCUGGUGUGCUGCCUCUACCCUCCCGGGGCCUUUGUGUCCGUGUCCCGGGACCGCACCACCCGCCUCUGGGCCCCGGACAGUCCUAACAGGGGCUUCACAGAAAUGCACUGUAUGAGCGGCCACUCCAAUUUUGUAUCUUGUGUAUGCAUCAUACCGUCAAGUGAGAUGUACCCUCAUGGAUUAAUAGCCACUGGAGGAAAUGACCACAAUAUUUGUAUUUACUCACUGGAUAGUCCAGCACCACUCUAUAUACUAAAAGGUCACAAAAAUACUGUUUGUAGUCUUUCAUCUGGAAAAUUUGGGACAUUACUUAGUGGCUCAUGGGAUACCACUGCUAAAGUCUGGCUGAAUGACAAAUGCAUGAUGACCUUACAGGGUCAUACAGCUGCAGUAUGGGCUGUAAAAAUCUUACCUGAACAAGGCUUAAUGUUAACUGGAUCAGCGGACAAAACUAUUAAACUGUGGAAAGCUGGAAGAUGUGAGAGAACUUUUUCAGGACAUGAAGACUGUGUAAGGGGCUUGGCAAUUUUGAGUGAAACAGAAUUUCUUUCCUGUGCAAAUGAUGCUAGUAUUAGAAGGUGGCAGAUCACUGGCGAAUGUCUUGAAGUAUAUUAUGGACAUACAAACUAUAUUUAUAGCAUAUCUGUCUUUCCAAAUUGUAAAGAUUUUGUGACAACAGCAGAAGACAGAUCCCUGAGAAUCUGGAAACAUGGAGAAUGUGCUCAAACAAUUCGACUUCCAGCUCAGUCUAUAUGGUGCUGCUGUGUGCUGGACAAUGGUGAUAUCGUGGUUGGUGCAAGUGAUGGUAUUAUUAGAGUGUUUACAGAAUCAGAGGAUCGAAUUGCAAGUGCUGAGGAAAUCAAGGCUUUUGAAAAAGAACUCUCUCAGGCAACCAUUGAUUCCAAAACUGGUGAUUUAGGGGACAUUAAUGCUGAACAGCUUCCUGGGAGGGAACAUCUAAAUGAACCUGGUUCUAGAGAAGGUCAGACUCGUCUAAUCAGAGAUGGGGACAAAGUCGAAGCCUAUCAAUGGAGUGUUAGUGAAGGAAGGUGGAUAAAAAUCGGUGAUGUUGUUGGUUCAUCGGGUGCUAAUCAGCAAACAUCUGGAAAAGUUUUAUAUGAAGGAAAAGAAUUUGAUUAUGUUUUCUCAAUUGAUGUUAAUGAAGGUGGACCAUCUUAUAAAUUGCCUUAUAACAUCAGUGAUGACCCCUGGUUAACAGCAUAUAACUUCUUACAGAAGAAUGAUUUGAAUCCUAUGUUUUUGGAUCAAGUGGCUAAAUUUAUUAUUGAUAACACAAAAGGUCAAAUGUUGGGUCUUGGGAAUACCAGUUUUUCAGAUCCAUUUACAGGUGGUGGUCGGUAUGUUCCAGGCUCUUCCUCUGGAUCUUCUAACACAGUGCCUGCAGCAGCAGAUCCUUUUACAGGUAGUGGUCGUUACGUGCCAGGUUCUGCAAGUGUGGGAGCUACCAUGCCUGGAGUUGAUCCCUUUACUGGAAAUAGUGCUUAUCGAUCAGCUACAUCUAAAACAGUGAACAUUUAUUUCCCUAAAAAGGAGGCUGUCAGUUUUGAUCAAGCAAACCCUACGCAAAUUUUAGGUAAAUUGAAGGAACUUAAUGGAACUGCACCAGAAGAAAAGAAGUUAACUGAGGAUGACUUGAUUCUUCUGGAAAAAAUACUGACUCUAAUAUGUGAUAGUUCUUCAGAAAAACCCACAACCCAGCAACUGCAGAUUUUGUGGAAAGCCAUUAACUGGCCUGAAGAUAUUGUCUUUCCUGCACUUGACAUUCUUCGAUUGUCAAUUAAGCAUCCCAGUGUGAAUGACAACUUCUGCAGUGAAAAGGAAGGGGCUCAGUUCAGCAGUCACCUUAUCAAUCUUCUGAACCCAAAAGGAAAGCCAGCAAACCAGCUGCUUGCUCUCAGGACUUUUUGCAAUUGUUUUGUUGGCGAGGCAGGACAAAAGCUCAUGAUGUCCCAGAGGGAAUCACUAAUGUCCCAUGCAAUAGAACUGAAAUCAGGGAGCAAUAAGAACAUUCACAUUGCUCUUGCUACAUUGGCCCUGAACUAUUCUGUUUGUUUUCAUAACGACCAUAACAUUGAAGGGAAAGCUCAGUGCUUGUCUGUAAUUAGCACAAUCCUGGAAGUUGUACAAGACCUCGAAGCCACUUUUAGACUUCUUGUGGCUCUUGGGACACUUAUCAGUGAUGAUACAAAUGCUGUACAGUUAGCCAAAUCUUUAGGCGUUGAUUCUCAAAUAAAAAAAUAUGCCUCAGUAUCAGAACCAGCUAAAGUAAGUGAAUGCUGUAGACUUAUCCUAAAUUUGCUGUAACACUGGGGAAGAGGGCUGAGAUUUUAAAUUGAUUUGUGUUUUUUUUUUCUCACAUUUUACAUAACUGAUGACAUGAUGAAAAUAAAAAUGCUGUGGAUUAAGAAAAGUUUCAAAUCUUGUAAGGGGGGUGGGGGAAACAAAGGAAUAAUAAAAUUUUUGCACUGA